AUGUCCUACGAUGACACAUCAAGUGUCUGUAAUAUAUCCAAACAAAGCAACACUACUCAAUUGAUGCGGGAUUGUGUGUUCAUUGUUUGGGACGAAGCAUCUAUGUCCCACAAAAGUUCGGUUGAGGCAUUGGAUAGAACCUUGCGGGACUUACGUAAUAAAAAUACAUUAAUGGGUGGCUGUACAGUCUUAUUUUUUGGAGAUUUUCGUCAAAUCUUGCCAGUUGUAGUAAGAGGAACAAGAGCUGAUGAAGUCAAUGCAUCAUUAAAAAGAUCUUACAUUUGGCCAGACAUAACUAAAUUGAAACUGAAAACUAAUAUGAGAAUAUUAUCAUCUGACCAAGGAAAUAAAACUUUUGCUGAUGCUUUACUCCGUGUUGGCAAUGGUCAGUCACUGACUAGAAAUAGUAAAAUUGAUCUGUCUGAGCUUUGUUUUAGAUUCUGA